CUGCCAAUCAAUCGCAAAGUAGUGUGUGUGUCUGUCUGUGCUGGCAAAAUUCACACGACAACAGCGACAAGUCGCUUGCAUCACCUCCCCCCAACUGUGUUGUCCUUGUUCCCACGACGCACACACGACCCACGCACACACAACUCACGCACACACAACUCACGCACGCGCUCGCUGCACAAGACACGCAAACGCAUCCUCCCUCGUUGUCACCAUCAUCAUGGCUGGUGUUGUGGCUCUCUCGACGGCGCUUGCCGAGGCACUGAACGUGGUUGUGUCCAUCUUCUCGCCUCCGCACCCCCGUCCCUGGUAUGCCUUUGGCAGAUACAUGGGCGACUUCCACUGCAACCCAGAGAUUGAUCCCUACUUCUUCAAGCCGGAGCAGUUUGACUGGGUGAAGAUUCUUGAGGACAACUGGACGAUUGUCCGGGAUGAGCUGUACGAGUACCUGGAGCGACACAACCACACGCUGCAGCCCUACUUCAACCCAGACCUUGUCUCUGCCCCAGCAUGCUGGCGUGUCAUCGGCCUCAAAUUCUGGGGUGUGGACAACCACAAGAACCAGGCUGAGUUUCCAAAGACAAUGGCCCUCUUCAAGAACGUCCCCGGGCUCAUCAGCGUCUCCUUCAGCCAACUCCAAGCCAAGAGCGUGAUCAACCCCCACAACGGCGAUACGAAUGCACACAUGCGCUGCCACCUUGGCAUCAAGAUCCCCGCACAGCUCCCAACAGCAGGCUUCACCGUUGGCGGCGAGUCCCGCAGUUGGCACGAGGGCAAGAUCCUCAUGUUCUGCGAUGCACAGCGCCACUCUGCCUUCAACCAGUCCGACGAGUCGCGGUUCAUCUGCCUGUUUGACGUGAUCCGGCCCGAGUAUCAGCUGCAGACAACGCUCGUCUCCUCCACCGUCCUCGCAGCCCUCCUCAUGCAGAAGGUGAUGCAGUUGAUUCCGUUUAUCCGCUAUCGCCACUGGAUCCGCAAACCAAUCUACCACUGCAUGACUGCUGUCGCAUACAUCCCAAUUGCAACCGGCCUCGGCUCAUCUCUCGUCUACUGGUUCCUCGCCUAAACGCAUGGCGUGUGCAUGCAUGCGUGCGUGAGCGCGCGUGUGAGUGUGAGUGUGGGUGUGGUGCAUUAUGCACGCAUGGGUGUGCUUGGUAUCGCUGGGAAUGCGUGUGCGCGUGUGCAUGUGUGCAUGUGCAGGCUGACAUGCACUUCAUGAUGUGAGCACGUGUGUUGCAGAGUGGCUUGGUCACCGUGAUGUGUGCACACAGUCUUCCCCUCUCCACGGCGCCGCGUUCCUGUUGCUUUUUGUGUUUCGUCGUUUUGCUCUUCUUUUCCUCUCUGUCAUCUGCAACCCAUCACCUUCCCCACGUCCAUCAUCUGCCAUCCAUCAUCAAGCCUUCUCUAUCCACGAAACACUUGGCCCCUUGUCGCUCCUCUGUAAUUGAACCAUCUCCACCUCACCCUUUUGCAUUUGGUGUUUUUUUGUGCGCGUGUGCUCCCUGGCCCUUUCUUGUCCCUGCCCCGCCUCAUCCAUUGUCUUCGUUCGAGCAUGCAUUUUUGCACCUCAUUGCUUGGCUGUUGCUUGCUGGUUGUUCUGUGACUUGAGCUGCCUCUCCAAAUGCGCUUCCGUUUCCCUGCAAGAUUAGACAUUCCCACA